AUGAAAGGGAUUAUUGAAGGAAUUUCGCUGUUUGCAAAGUUUUGUGUCGAGUGCAAGAUACCGUACAGAUACCAGGAGUAUUCAGCUGGUGUUCACAAUUUUAAUGACAACUGGCUUUUAAGUUUGGGAAUAUGUGAUAUGAUCAGAAAACAUCUUCAGGUUCACAACGCUGUCAGUCGCACUGUUGAGGCAAUUGAAAACUGGCUGCAGUUGCGACCAUUUCAGUUACCACGUGGUCAAAUGAUGAACGCGUAUCUUCACUUUGAAGCUCUCUCAGAUCAUGACUAUGGGUUUUCUUUUAGUGAACUUCAGUUGCCAGACCCCGAAUCCGAUGCUCCUGCAGAUGAAGUGGACGCUGAAAAGUACUGGCAACAAGUACUGAAAAACCCUUUAGAAAUCAAGCCUUCAUAUAAGUUUUGGGCCCCAUAUAUUGGCCCAAAAUGCAGAAGAGGAAGGAAACUUUUUAAUACCGAAUACAUGAAAGCGUAUCAUAAACAAAACCUAACAUCAGCUGGGGCUACAUCUGAUGAAUGUUCAAUUGAAAAGCUCAUGGAUUUGUUCUGUGAAGGAAAAGUACCUGUUAUAAGAGAAAUGGCCAGAAGUUUAAAUGUGAGCGACAAGGGGUCGAAACUUGGUAUAAUUAACCGUAUAAAAUCUGUUUUGAAUAUCGAAGAAACGUUUCUUAAACUCUUCUCAAAGAUGUGGGGUCGUUCAGGCGGUUGGUUGGGAAUGACGUGUCCACAUGGAGUAUGCUAUGGUCUGAAAUGGCUAUUGCGACAAGAAGGACCACGAGAUCAUGUGGACAUGCUUAUGAAUCUCUGCUGUUCCGAAUGUUACCAUAUUGGAUAUGGCAAACAUGAUUGUAGCUCAUGCAAGGAACAGAGGAUACGACGUUUUCAUCCAUUCCAAGGUCGUGUUGCUGAAUAUAGCCUGGAAAAUAUCAGACGAGCUAAUAGUGGUGAGCUAGAGAUAGACUGGCCUUGGUUUCCAAACGGAGAAAGAUGCGACUUGUCAACUGUCGUACAAAGGUCGGAUGGUGAGCAGCUUCUGUGUAAUCCCUCAACUAGAUCUUCUGAUCAUUACUGCCUGUUUGAUCAAUUUCACGAGAAAAAUUCCACGAACCCAGCCGAUUGCUUGCGAAGAGUGUCUUGCGUUAACCAACUUGCCGGGAAGAUCAAUUCAGAAACUGCUGAACAACUCAACAACAGACGAAACCGUGAUAAUUACUUCACAACAUCUUUGACAGCUCACAAUUCCGUCUUCAUGGAGCGAUUGGCAACUCAUUUUAGUAAUGAGAAAUUAAACCAACGUAUCAUUAAUACUCAUCGCAAGCAGUUUGGAAUGGCUAUGAGUUUUAACUCCUUCGGUCAACUUAUAAGUAGAAAUGAAGAUGAUGGGACCGAGCAGGCAUCACAACCAAAACGCGUCCGUUUGUCGACUGAAAGUCUUUCAACAGCUAACAGACCUGCCACAAGUAGCACUGGAACACUAAAUGAUGCUUGUGAUGAGUUGACACACGUUGCUGAGAAAAUGAAUCCCUCAGCUACAAGCAGCUACGACCUUGUUAUAGACUAGUUGUGACCUCGUCAGUCGUCAUCAAAGCUUAAGUGAUAUUUGACAUAAAGAAAGCUCAAUUUCUGUUUGGUUGUUCACAGCUUGGCAAAGAACAUUGUAACAAGUCGAAUUCCAAAGUCGAAUUCCAUUACCAUCUAUAGAUCUAAUUUCAAUAUAUACACUUAUUCAUAUAGAACUGAUGUCCAAUGCCUGAACACUAAAUUCAAAUUUCUUUCAAGCAUUUCAUCAAAUUUUCUCAAAUUCUUAUAUAAUUCAUAAAACAUCUAAUUAUACCUAAUGUGAAAAUUUUAUGUAAAAUAAAGACGUCCUUCGAUGUGAACUGA